AUAUUACUUUUUGUUCUACAUAUUAUACUCUGCCAGUGCUCUCUUCGAACCCUUCGAAGUCCUAUACUCUCUCUGAUGGCGACAUCAUUUCAGGGACCAUGUACGUGUGUGGCAGCGAUAUUCGCUUUGAUCGGAGUCCACUUUGCUGUACGAUUUCUCUUCAGAGCCGGCUUGAACAAGGAUCUGACGGCAGCUCUGUUUUCGCUCUGCGUUAUCGAUUCGCUUCUGAUGAUGACCGUAUUCCUCUUCUACUGUAUCGAAGCGAUCGGUGUACUGUUCCUCAACACGAACCUUAUGUAUAAUCGUCAGCUAUUCACCUCAAGUCUGCAUGGCGUCGCUCAAAGUCUUACCACUGCCUCGACAAUGCUUGUGAUUUACAUCACUUUUCUUCGUUUUAUGGUUGUGAUGCGUCCGUUACGAUAUGCCUCGUCCUAUUACUCGGCGCGAUCGAAAAAAGCGGUAAGUUGGGCUAACACAGGUGGAUAUUUCGGUCCGGAUAUGACUGAGAAGAAGAAAUACUACUUUUUCACACUGAUGGAACCAUCUGUUUCGAAGUUCUGGCUGGUGAUUUUCCUUUGCUUUGCGGUCAACAUCCCUGUGUACUUCGAAUUCACCGUGGAACGUUGCUUUGAUGUCGAGCACGGGGUCGAAGCUUCCUGCCCUGCUCCUACGGUAUUCCGGCACUCGUUCACUCGGUACAAAGCGAUUUUGAUGACGUUGACUCAGACGAUCGGUCCUGUUGCCACUAUCCUGAUCCUAAGUGUUCUCACCGAGUAUCGUGUUCAUAGGAGUUUGAAGAAGAGGAGAAAACUUUUUGAAAGUCAGCAACGAAGUCGAUCGAUUGUUCUUAUGGAAGAGUCCAAAGAAAAGGUGUCAAGAACAGUAGCCAUAUUUAUAGCUGUGAAGUUUCUCAUAUUCAGAUCAAUGCCUGUCUUUUUCGAUGUAUACGAGAAUCUGUAUGGAAUAGAGUCUUUCGGAGUCGCACUUUCUAUUCUUGUGCGGAUAUCGGAUUUUAUGAUCGUGCUCAACUCGGCUACGAACUCGUUGGCCUACUUCGGAAAGAAAAGGUGA